UGCUUUCUUCUUCUACUUCUUCUUCUUCUACUCUAAGCAAUCCCAGAGAGAAACAAGGGUUUUUCAUUCGGAGUCUCAUUAUAUUUCUUUUUUGCUCUUAAUAAAGUUUCUUCUUGUUGUUAUCGUUUUGGAGGACUAUUUUACGAAAUACAGAGACUUUUCUAAGAAUGGACAAGUUCUUUAAUGGCUUCCCAUAUUUUGGGGAUUCCUCUGGGUCUGGUCGCAGCGUGGAAAACACAGGGAAUAUCAACAUUCCCAGCAACAACCCAACAGGGCAAAUAACUGGCUUGGCUUUAUGUACCAGCCCUCCUUCAGCGUUUAAUGUGUCAAAAAUAUUGCCAACUGCCAAUGAGUCAGUGGUUUCCAACACUUCUAAUGACUACAAGCCCACUGCACCAGCUUUUGGUACUACGACCACCUUUCAGAUCGGCCCGACAAUGAGUUCCAACGAGUCAGUUGUUUCCAACACUUCUAAUGACACCAAGCCCACUGAACCAGCCUUUGGUACUACAACCAACUUUCAGAUUGGCCCGACCAUGAGUUCAACUCUUGGACAGGGACAGGGGUAUACUUUAUAUGGUGCGUCCACACCAUUCAACUCUUGUACUACUAGUAUUCAAACACCUAGUCUUGUUUCUGCUCAACCCCCUUUUCAACAUACUUCUGCAGCAGGUAGCACCGAUCUCUUUGGAACUCUUCUCUUUUCUUUACUUUUGAGAACCCCCAGAGUUCCACAUUUAGUAGAUUUUGCAUUACACUGUAAUUAUGCAGUUUGAAGUGCACAUGGUUGCUUCUUAAUAGGAAUUUGGCAGUUAUAACUCAUGCUUUCUUUUUAGUCAAUUUCCUUCAUAAAAGGGAUGUCGGGUACAAUUGCAUCAUGUACAUAUAUGCCUAAGUUCUUCAAAGUUUUUACAAGUGUUACUUGAUGGUUUCAUUUUUACAUCUUGUUUCUCAGCGUCAGGAUUUGCUUCUGGUUUGUCAAGCGUGUUUUCUUUUCGCCCUAGCACUGUUUCAUCAACCAAAUUGCCUACUGCCCAUGAGUCAGUGGUUUCCACCACUUCUAAUGGCACCAAUUCAACACUAGGUGUGUCCACUGCU